AUGACGUGUCCCUGGUUCGGGACGUAUCCGGUUAACUCGGAUCAUCGACAAACUGGAACACCAAUGGCAACGAAUGUGCCCGAGUGGUCUAAGGGGGUAGACUCAAGUUCUACUGCGUUCGCACUCGUGUGUUCAAAUCCCACCGCUGACACGUAG